AUGGAGACGGAACUCGCGGGCCUGCCCGAGGACGUGCUUGCCGAUGUCCUCCGACGAUUGCCGGCGCGGAGCCUCGCCACGGCCGCAUGCGUCUGCAAGGUGUGGCACACCAUCGUCGAUGCCCGCGCGCUGCUGCUCCCGUACCGGAGGCUUCUCCCGCACUCGGUGCAUGGCAUCUUCAUCAAUUACAUCGGCCACAGACGCCCACACUUGUUCGCUCGCCCCUCCUCAUCGUCCACGAUCCCUAAAAUCGGAUUCAUGCCCAACGACAGCAGGGACUCGUGGUCGGUCCUGGACCACUGUAAUGGUCUCCUCCUCCGCGAAUACGAGUGGGAGAGCGGGCUCUGCGUGUGCAACCCCGCGACGCGGCGGUGGCAAGUGCUUCCCCGGCACGAUGAGGAACGCCUCUACUACUAUGCCGGCGCCUACCUCGUGUUUGAUCCAGCCGUGUUCGAGGUCUUGUUGAUUCCCGAUGUGCCAAAGCCAUCGCCCACAGACCACCAGAAGGUUGAUGAGGAGCGGCGUGCGCUGCUACGGCAGCAAGAGAUGGACACGCCGUUCUGCCUAGAUUGGCUCUUCUCGUCGCCAAGCGUGGAAUUUCCACCGUCGCCAUGGAGGCUGAACGUGUUCUCAUCAAGGACGGGUCGGUGGGAGGGUAGGGCCUUUGUCAGGGAAGGGGAGCCAGCGGGGACAAUCAAAGACAUUUGGGGAGAAAAAUUUUAUAGGACCGUUAAUGAAGUUGAUGAUGCGGAGUACCACUAUGGAGAAUUUCAGAUUCUUGGAUUCCAUCCUUACAAGGAAGUCGUCUUUUUAGAUCAAUGGUUGAGGGUAGUAGCCUAUCAUUUGAGUAGCUCAAAAGUUCAAUAUUUGGGCAACUCACGCCCAAAAAGUUACUAUCAUAACCAUACAAACGGUAUGUAUGAGUCGUUCCUCUACACUCCAUGUAUGAUUGGAGAUCCUCUUCAUGGUGACAGUACUAGCCAGAGUUCAUCCAAAGAUUAG